CGAGCGGGUCACCAUGCUGGUCAUCUUUAUCAACUGCGUCACCCUGGGCAUGUACCAGCCCUGUGAGGACACCAAAUGUGUCAGCAGUCGCUGCAGGCUCCUCGAGGUGGGCGAUGACGUCAUAUACGCCUAUUUCCUGGUCGAGAUGCUGAUCAAGAUGGUGGCGAUGGGGGUGUACGGCGAGGGCACCUACCUUGCCGAGAGCUGGAAUCGGCUUGACUUCUUCAUCGUAGCUGCCGGGCUGAUCGAAUACUGCCUGAACGUGGAGAAUAUGGAUCUGUCUGCGAUACGAACCAUCAGGGUGCUGCGGCCUCUCAGAGCCAUUAACCGGAUACCCA